AUAGAAAAACGCCAACGGGUGUUUUGUAGACUGACCACAUCCCGUGAACUUCAACUUGGGUUCAACGACAAUGGCUGCCAGCUUCCUUGUAUCUUCAGAUUUCAGUCCCGAAGUGGCUAAACAAGCACGAGCAGGAAAAGACGUGGUUGGACGCUGGAUCAACGAGCUCAAUUCCAUUCUUAUUAUUGAGCAUGUGGACAAAGACGGCAACAUUAGUGGCAAGUACAACAGCGCUGCAGGCAAUGCUGAAGAUUUCUAUGCGUUGUCCGGUAAACUAGAACCCGGAUUGCUGGAUCGUUCUAAGGGCCGCCCAGUGGGCCUAACCGUGGUGUGGAAGAAUGACAAGAUGGAUGCGUGCUCGGUUACUACUUGGUCCGGACAGUUUUACUCUCUUCCUGAUAAAGACGUUCUUAUCGCCAAUUGGCUCCUUACACGAUGUCAAGACUUCAAGGACGCAUGGGAGGCGACCAUUGUUGGCCAAGAUCAUUUUGUGAAGGUCCCCGAACUGAAAUGAAUUUCAACAGAACUCUACGCAACUAUAGGGUCGCGUUUGAAUAUCUUUAAUGGCUUUUGCUUGCUGCUGUGGUGCUGAUGCUGCUGAUGAUUUGCGUAGAAUUUUAGAUUGCUCAGGCUGUGAUGUAGGACACUCAAGUAGCUUCAAUAUGAAUUAAAAAGCAAUUUGUGGGCACUC